AAGUUGUAAUCGUGUAGAGCAUUAAACAUGUCGCGUUUCGUUUGCCUUUCAGUGCUUGUGCUCCUGGCAGCUGUGGCCGUAUCCUGCAAGCCGCACGAGGAUUACGACAAGGAGCACAUUGCCGAGGUAGCCGAGGAGUGCAAAACGGAGUCGGGCGCCACAGAUGAGGAUGUGGAGCACAUGAUGCAGCAUGAGCCAGCCGAUUCACAUGAGAGCAAAUGCCUGCGCGCCUGUAUGCUGAAGAAGUUCGAGAUUAUGAACGACGAGGGCAAGUUGAGCAAGGAAAACGCUUUGGAGAUGGUCAAGCUGAGCAGCAAGGAUGAUGCUGAAAAGGAAGCCGCUGCCGCUGAGAUUGUCGACAAGUGUGAGGGCAUCGAAGUGCCCGAGGAUCACUGCGACGCUGCUGCCGCCUACGAGAAGUGCAUCAUUGAUCACAUGCACGAGCAUGGCUUGGCCCUGGAGUAACCCCAAAACAAGCUGGAAAUAUGGAAUGGAAUGAUGCAAGCGCCUCCCAUGCUAUAUGAUACACGACUCUGUUUUUUUUUUUUUUAAAUAAUAUCAUAAUUUAAAAAAAAUAUAUAUAUAUACAUCUAUAUAUACUACUCUAUAUAUACCUCUAGUUCCUAAGUGCAUGUAAAUAAAUUGCGCCAACUGCAGUUCAA